AUGGGAUCCAUGGGCCCAAACGUCGAUUUCGACGCUCCUGCCGACACGGUCUUGAGCCCGUCGGUGCUGGCUCAUGUCGUGCUGCGCACCCAGAAAGUCAAGGAGAUGGUCGACUUCUACACCACCUUUCUAGGUGGCCAUGUCGUGUACGGAAAUGACUUUCUGUGUUUCAUUACCUACGACGACGAACACCAUCGAGUCGCGCUGAUUGGGGUUCCUGACACCACGCCCAAGGUCCCCAACAGUGCAGGCUUGCACCACAUUGCAUUCACCUUCCCGGGACUGGCGGAUCUCCUGCUAGCAUAUCGUCAGCGGAAAGCAAAGGGCAUCUUGCCGGUCUGGUGUGUGAACCAUGGGCCGACCAACUCGAUCUACUACAAAGACCCCGAAGGGAACAUGUUGGAGACGCAGGUGGACAACUUCGACAACCCCGAGGCUGCAACUGCUUUCAUGGCAAGCGCAGAGUUUGCUGCGAAUCCCAUCGGGACGGACUUUGAUCCCGAGGAUUAUAUUACCCGGCUCAAGGGGGGCGAACCAGAGGACGAUUUGAAACGCAGAGUCGAGAUUGGACAGAGGGGACCACCGAAUAUCUGA